AUGGCGGUAAAUGAGUAUAUGAAACACAUAAGUUAUAACAAUGAACUAGCCCUAAAGUCUAAUUUGCAUGUAAUUGCUGCCACAUGCCCUCGAUUGGCAUGCACUUCCCACAGCCCAUCCAUUCAAUUGCCUUUCCGACUAGCAAAUCGACAACUCUCAAGCUGUGGGUAUGCAGGGUUUGAUCUCUCAUGCAAUAACCAAAAGCAAACCAUCCUCACUCUCCCAUCUUCCGGGAACUUCAUUGUCCAAAACAUCAACUACAAAGAACAAAUCGUAACGAUCAACGACCCUGAGAACUGCCUCCCAAAAAGGUUCCUCAACGGUGACCACUUCAACCUCACUGAUUCACCCUUAACAUUCUGGACUGACACCAGAAACUACACGUUCCUCAACUGCUCAGCUAAAGAUGGAACGUUGGCUGCAUCCAUCUCUUGCCUCAGCAGUGACUACUACAAGGUCUUUCUUGUGCCUACAUCAGAUUGGCCAACGUCAUGGUAUCCUUGCUCUAUCAUCUCCACAGCUUUGGUUCCAAUAUAUUCAUUUCAGUGGAGAGAUCUUAAUGACGUCCUUGAUAUUCGUUUGUCAUGGAACAAGCCUGAUUGUCGUUCUUGUGAAGCAGGAGGCCGGUCCACGUUGGACGUAGGGAGAGCGCGAGAUGGACUCCACCGGCGACAGUCCAUCACAGAAUUAUCCACCGCAGUUGAUCAACAAGUACAACCUCCCCGAGUCAUAGUUGGGCUUGAUGGUCCAACAAUUGAGUCGUAUCCCAAGAUCCAACUAGAUGAGAGCUUGGAGUUGCCUGAGCCCGAUGAUAAGACUUGUGCGAUAUGUUUGUGCGAGUACCAGCCCAAGGAAACAAUACGAACCAUACCUGACUGCAACCAUUAUUUUCAUGCUAUUUUCCCCUGUGCUACUAAUAAAGAGGAAAGUGUGAAAAGAUAUACAAAUAAAAUUGCAUCAGUUAAUAGCUUGUCAACAUUGAACUUACCUAAAGUUCAGAGAUCAAGUGUAAAGCAUCAUCUGCAAUAG